UGGUGAGGGCCGUUUCAAACAAAAUUUGUCGGCGAGAGACGUUAUUAAUCAUAAUUCAUUAACAGGGUAAAUUAUUUAAUUACAAUUUAGUGGGCAAUUAAAUAGCUUAUUAUCCCUUUUUAUUCUCUGUGCUUCACCUGCUCUGUUUGAUCUGCAUGAAGUGAGAAAGAGAAAGAGAAAGAGGGGAGCUGGCAUUUCUAUAGUGGCAAAUUUCUUUUCCCCUUAUGCCAUUCAAUUAUUUUUCUUCCUCUCCAUAUAUAUAGUCAUUUAUGCUUUGUGUCAUUUACACAAUUAAUGCCAAUAACCCACAUACUUACAAUUCCAAUAAGCCUUCUUCUUCUCCUUCUUCUUUUUGCUCUGUUUGUGGGUGCUGUUUCUUCUUCUUCUUCUUCUCUUUUUUCUCUGCUGCCAACUCUCUUUUUGGUCAGUGCUGCUGCUCAGAGCUUUGUUUGACUCAUGAAGAUGCUAGUAAUGGCUUUCUUGUUCUUGCAUUUUCAGGUGGUAUUGCUCUUGCUGCUGAGUUUGGGCGAUGCUAUUGGUGGAGAAGACGAGGAUAGGCCUUGUGAUUCUAAACUGCAAUUAAAACCAAGGCCGCAUAGUGUUUCCAUUUUGGAGUUUGGUGCUGUUGGAGAUGGCAAGACAUUGAACACUCUUGCUUUCCAGAAUGCCAUUUUCUAUCUCAAGUCUUUUGCUGACAAGGGCGGUGCACAGCUUUAUGUGCCGCCCGGAAGAUGGCUUACCGGAAGUUUCAACCUCACGAGCCAUCUCACACUGUUUUUGGAAAAGGGUGCUGUCAUUCUUGGAUCUCAGGAUCCAUCUCAUUGGGGUAUUCUUGAACCCUUGCCCUCGUACGGUCGAGGGAUUGAACUCCCAGGAGGGAGAUAUUGUAGCUUGAUAAAUGGAUAUAUGUUACAUGAUGUGGUCAUAACAGGUGAUAAUGGAACCAUCAACGGUCAAGGAUCAGUGUGGUGGGAUUGGUUUAACUCUCAUACUUUAAACCAUAGCCGUCCUCAUCUUGUAGAGUUAGUUUCGUCUAAAGAUGUUGUUGUUUCAAACCUCACAUUUGUGAAUUCUCCUGCAUACAACAUUCAUCCAGUCUAUUGCAGUAAUGUACAUAUUCACAACAUCUCAGUCUCUGCUCCCCCGGAGUCCCCUUAUACAGUCGGUAUAGUCCCAGAUUCUUCUGACAAUGUGUGCAUACAAGAUUGCAGCAUUGGCAUGGGUUAUGAUGCCAUUGUCCUCAAGAGUGGUUGGGACGAGUAUGGCAUUGCCUAUGGAAGACCAACCACAAAUGUACACAUCAGACGGGUCCAGCUACAAUCGUCUUCUGGUUCUUCUCUUGCCUUUGGUAGUGAGAUGUCCGGUGGCAUUUCUAAUGUGCUUGUGGAGCAGGUCCACCUAUACAACUCACUUAGUGGCAUUCAGUUUAGAACAACAAAGGGUAGAGGUGGUUAUAUCAAAGAUAUCGUAAUUUCAGAUGUCAAAAUGGAAAACAUCGACGUGGCAUUUGGUGCGUCUGGUCAGUUUGGUUCCCAUGCGGACGACAACUUCGAUCCUAAUGCCCUUCCAGUAUUGGAUCACAUCAACUUACAGGAUGUGAUUGGUACCAACAUUACUAUUGCUGGAAAAUUCUCUGGGAUCAAGGAAUCCCCCUUCACUUCCUUUUGUCUGUCCAAUAUCUCCUUGUCAAUCAAUUCUGGUUCUUCUACCAAUUCUUGGGUAUGUUCAAAUGUUUCUGGCUCUUCUGAGUCUGUCUUCCCCGAACCAUGUUCCGCCCUUAAGUCAUCGUAUUCAAAUUCUUCCUCAGCCUGCUUUUCGAUACAGACCUUGAAUGGAAUAGCCGUGGCAUUAUGAUACCAUUCAUCCAUACCCCAGAUUUUUUCAGUCACAGUCUAUAAUGAGGGAAAGAACCAAAAUUUUCUACUGCCAUUUACAGUAAUUUAGAUCACAUUCUUUCCAAUAAGACAGUACAUGUUCAGAUUAUUCGUUUCUUCAUCGACCUGUGUAGAUUUGCACUGUUGCAUGUUCCAUUCUGCAGAUUAUUUGUACAGCUUCUUCAUUUCUUCAUUCAUGUGUAAGCAAAUUUUUGGUAGUGAUGGUGUAAGAGGACUUGGGAUAUA